GAGACUGAGAAAAGGGCAGAGUUGUGGAUUACGGUGAGUUGACCCUCCUGGUUGCUGUUCCUGUGGACAAGGGAGGAGGAAAAUGUCCAGCGAAGGUGACCCAGGAGGACAAGCGUCCACCACGGCGCUGAGUACAGUGGCAGUUCAGGCAGGAGACACACAGAUUAUCGUUGCUGUACUAAAGUGUGGAGAGCUGGUUCAGCUGCAGCUGACUGAAGCCCAUCCGGACCUCCUGGAGAUCGGAAACAAUCAGGACGAAACCAAGAAACUUCUGGAAGAGCAUGAUCAACUUCUGGUCAAACUGAAGAGAAAUGAAGGAGGCGUGCGGGUGCUGCUGGAGGAGGCGGAUAAGACGGCGGAGGAGAAGGAGGGCGAGGAGGACGUGUACAAGGCCAUGGCUCUGUCUCUCAGCGAGGCCUGGAAAAUGUUAGUGAGCCACCUGGAGAAACGCCGCUCACUCCUACAGCUGGCCUGCCACUUCUACGACCACGCCCUGGAGUUCGCCAUUCAGAUUGAUGAAGCGGAGGAGCUGCAGUGUGCUGGGCGCGAGCUGAACACUGACACGUGUUUAACUGAGCUGAAGCACAAAUACAGCAGGGUGAAGAGAGGGCUGCUGCAGAAGUCCAUGCUGGCGCUGAAUAAAAGUUACGAGUUGUUGGAUUUCCUGAAGCGCUUCGAGGCUGAGGAGGCUCUACGAUAUGGAGGCGGGGCACGCGGUGCUCGUAACAGCUACAGGAAAGUGGACGGACUGAUGGAGCUCCUGCAAGACCGACGCAGGGCAGUCGACCAGUGUAUGGCUCGACAAAUCCACCAUCAGGACGUGAAGAACACGAUCUCUGAGUGGGAGAAACAGGAACAGGAAGUAACGCGCUGGUUUAAGGAAAAUGCCGACCCGUUCUUGGAGAGGAAUCAGAUGGGCUCAUCCCUGUCUGAAAGUGAGGAGUUACUGCAGGAGCAUAAAGAAUUUGAACUCAAAGCCAAGCAAUGGACCCCUGUGGUUGAGCGACUUCUCCAGCAGGCAUCUGAGCUCCUUUCCUUAAGCGAUCAUGCAAAGCUUGACUCCAUCUCAGAGAAAAGUCAGAAUCUGCGCACCACAAACGAGCAGUUCUGGGAUCUGAUGAUGUGUCGACUGGGACAGCUGCACGAGAGCAACAGCUUCUUCAACAGCGCUAAUAAAGCAUUUGAAAUCUUGGGAACCAUUGAGAGCACCAUUAAGGGUUUGAGGACUCGGACUGUGCAGUUGACCGAGCUGGCUAAGAAGCACGAAGAGCUGCAUCGUAGUAUUAAAGAUGCGGCUGCUGAACCUCUUCAACGAGGACAGCUCAUACUUCAGAAGCUCAGUCCACAGAGUGCCCAAGUUGGAGGUGUACAAAGGAUGCUGGGAUACAUCAGAGAGCGGGUGGAUGGGCUGAGCAAGCAGUGUCAGGCCUAUAGGGAACUUGCUGGGAAGAAACAGCAGCUGCUGAGCUCCUUUGAUGAUCUGGAGGAAAAGAUUUCCAGCUGGAUUAAGAGCAGUAAUGGUGUCUUAUCCAGUAGUACAGAGCCUGGUUUCUCACUCUCUGAGGCUGAGGAAGUGCUCAACAAACACCUGGAGUUAUCCACACAUACACAGCGUGUCAUGGGAGAGUCAGAUGCCUCUGAUGGAAUGAUUAAGGGACUGAGGAAGCUGGAGGCCGCUGAGGCAGUGGAGCUCUCCAAUCGGGCCUCUGUUCUGAGAGAGCAGCUAAAGACACUGCAGAGGAACAUCUCCAUACGCCUGGAGAGCCUCAGGAGCUACGUUAGCUUUUUAUGUUCUGCCAAGGAGGUUGAAGAUCUGGUUAAGACAUUGUUGGAUUGCUAUAAGAAAAGGCCAGAGGCAGAGGAGGAAAAUGAGGAAACAGUCGCUUCCAUGAAAGAGGACAUGGACGCAAGAUGGCAGAAGUUCUUACAGAAGUUCCUUUCCAUGCAGGAUCAGGGCAACAACUUUAUCAAGUCCUCUACCAUGAUGAGUGAGACUCUGAGUCUGAACGUCAAAGCAGCAGCUAAUGUUGUGGAAAAGACCACAGACAACCUGAGCAGGAAGAAAGCCGAGCUCACUGACCUGUGGACGUCAUGGCAGCUCCAUUACAGUCAACUGAAGUCUGUGAAGAAGCAGUGGAAACAAUUCAAGGAUCAUCUUAAAAAGGUUGUGAAUGAACUGAAGUCUCUGGAGGGAAUUCUGGCUCCAGCAUCCAAACUUGACCUGGGCAGUGAUCUUCAGAGUGUGUCUAAGCUGCAAGAGAGCUUCAGCUCCACCAAGCCACAGUUUAUGCAACUGAACGCAGAAGUAGAAUUCCUGGUUAAGACGUCGGAAUUGCUGUCGCUGAAAGGAAUCCCGAUGAAGGAGAAAAACGAGAGGGUCAGCGAGCUUCUCCUGGUGCACCAGCGUGUGAGGGAUAAAAUCCGCGAGUACGAGACCGUUCUCAGCAUGGCCGUCAAAUUCCAUCGAGUUUAUCAAGAGCUGGACAACCUGUUAAAUGCUGAGCCGUUGAAAGGAUCGAGCGAUCCGACUCAGGCUAGGAUCCAGCUAAGCCAGCACCAGGAGCGACAGAACCACGUCCGGCACCUUUACAAGCUGGCCAUCUCGCUGGCAUCUGAUAUCACCAGCACUGUCCAGCAACCGCAAACAGUGUUCUCAGUUCAGGAGAAGAUGGAGCACCUGUGUCAGGGCAGUGUGAUCUGGGCUGCUCAGGCCAGCCAGUGUGAGGAGAACCUGAUGAGCAACAUGCACUACUGUGUGUUUAAAGAGGAGAUCAGUGAGCUCAGAGAGUCCUUUAAAGACAUCAAGAAGAAAUUCAACAAUUUGAAAUUCAACUACAUGAAGAAAAAUGAGAAGCUGAGAAACAUGAAGGCUGUAAAAAAUCAGAUCCAACAAAUUGACAUAUACUUAGAAAAGCUGCAGAUUUUGAAGAUGAAGCUGCAGGCCUUUACGGUAUCAAGCAGCAGUGAGAAGCAUCUAAUUGGCAGCAGUCCCAGAGAGCUGGAGGAUUCCAUCAAUGAGCUACAGAGACAGGUGGGAGAUUUUGACAGGACAGUUGAGGACUACAAGCAGAACUUGGAACUCAGCAUGAAGCUACAGCAAGCCAUGGAAGAGUAUGAGUUUUGGUGUGAGGAAGCGAGCUCCACCAUUGUGAGAGUGGGCAAAUACUCAUCCGAGUGCAAAACAAAGGAAGCCAUCAGCUCUCUGCAUAAGCAGUUUGAGAAGUUUGUCCUUCCCACAAUCCCACAGCAGGAGGAGAGAAUCAGGCAGGUCACAGAGCUGGCAGUGCGUCUUUAUGGUGCUGAGGAAGGGACGCGGUACAUGGAGAAAACUGUUAACAAGCACAAUGAAAUAGUGGAAUCAAUAAAGGAGUUGUUAAGUGGACUCGUAGACCUGGAAGCUAAAUUACAGGCUAAGUCUUUGAAUGCUCAAUUUGCUGAAGAAAACAAGACUCAUGACACCAUAGAAACUCCGGAGGCGAAGGAGACAGGCCACACUCCUGAGAUAAUGGGACAGGGUGGCACCAAAGACGACCUGGUCACCAAGAAAUCAGAAAGAAUGAAGCCACAGAUGUGCAAAUUACAAAGCCAAGACACACUGCUCUCAGAGACAAGCUGCUACACGCAGAAGGCUUAUUCAAAGAGCACUGUGCAGACCAUCACCAGCAAGUCCACAGUGGAGAGGAAGGAGCAAACACACACCUCCUUCUCGCACACACACACGUUCAACGUGUCCAGUUCUCCUGUGGAGAGAGACAGGAGCAUCAGCGCACUCCAGCAGAACAAAAGGUCGUCUCAGGAUACUCCUCCACCUGCUCAGGGGGAGUGCCACACCGCAUCCCACUGCUCAGAAUUUCAGAAGGCGGAGAAACAGACAGCAGGCCUCCAAGGCCACCAUGAGAAAUUCCAGGGUGUUAGCGGCUCACACACUGCUGCACACACACUACACGCAGACGUAAAGAGUGAAGUGCUGCUUCCAGGAGAAGAGGAUCUUUUCUCCAGGUGUGCACCAGACUCUGGUUUACCUCCAGAUGGAGAUUUCCAUCCUGACCACCUGAGUGAAGAGUCACUAUCUAACGAUGAGUAUGAGUGCACCUCACCGGAUGACAUCUCUCUCCCUCCUCUAUCUGAAACCCCCGAGUCGAACAUGGUCCAGUCCGAGAACGACCUAGAUGAUGGCUACUGUGUGAGCUCCCACAGCCUCCACAGGAGCCAGUACAGCCAGCAGUGUCACUCCAGACACGGCGAUCCACUCCAUUUCCGGACCGAGGAAAGCUUCCCGUCCCCUACGACGGGCCCGACUAGCCGAUUCAAAGCAGAAUCUUCCUCAUUUGUUCAUAGCCCGCUUAAUGUUCCCACCCCCCCGUUGGUCUCUAGCACCAUCUCCAGCAUCUUAAAGAGCAGCAAUCCGAAAGGCCUUGCCGAGUGCCAGCAAACCGUUUACUCCAUGCAUGAGAGCCGGAUCGAGAUGCAGGAGUGUGUGCAUGAACCUGCCUCGACCCGACACUCUUCUGAUGCUCGGGCUGGUAACACGCAUGCUUCCCUUAAACCAUUAACCUCAGAAAAGGAGCCAGAGCUGUGCAGGCCCACGGCCAUCCGUGAGGAAAUAAAGCGCUCGAGCAGUGCCAGGGCCAUGGGGCACCUAGCAGCAGGGCAAAGCCCUAACUUCUCCAAACACUUGUGUAAUACCGUAGUAAUGGAGGGCUCUCCGGUGACCUUGGAAGUGGAAGUCACUGGAUUCCCUGAACCUGCUUUAACUUGGUUCAAGAACGGACAGGAACUGCGCAGUGACGAGCGCAUGUCACUGUCCCAUAAAGAAGGCAAGCAUGUGUUGUUCAUUGAGAGAGCGGCAGAAAGAGACUCGGGCCAGUAUUUGGUUCGCGCCUCAAGCUCAGGCGGCACAGUUUCCUCCAGCUCCAUGCUGCAGGUCAAAGGUAAUAGCUGCUCAGACUUUGAUACCCUCAAACUGGACUGGCAAACCUGCUUCGGCACCCUGUGUGUACUCCUGUGGCUCCUUUACUUGCUGGUGUUAUAACACAGACACAGACCCUGAAAACAUCACUCCCACUGCCUUCUGCUCAUCACCUGCACUUGGUUUAUGAUUUCAGUUUUUUUUUUUUUUUGCACAAAACUGACCUCUAGAGGUAUAUAUUCAGCAGCAUGAAGGUUUUUUUUUUCUGUCACUUUAAAAGUCACUUGCUCACGGUCACUGGUAAUUAAUCUGACACUUACUUAAACGUUUAAUUAUUUAUUUCUUUAGUAUUCCUAUAUUAUAUUUGUUAAUAUUCUGUCAAUUCUAAUGAGUAUCAAUAUAUUUUCUUUCCCUAAGGAUAAGGGGCUUCAAAGAGAUCAUAUUAUAUUAUAUAUGCACAUAUUAUAUAUUAUAUGCCAUAUAUAUGAUGUUUUUUUUUUUUUUUUUUUUAGAAUAUGUUCUUUGUUUUGUUGCUCCCAGACUAUUUUAUUUAUGUGAUCACCUUCUUGUUCUUUGGGGGGAAGGUAAACUUUUUUUAAAUUAAUGUUCUUCUGCCUCUACCAUUAAAAUAGUGCUGGUCAUUAAAUUUAAAUAAAGUGUUCUGCAAGCUGGGUGGUAAACAUCUCUCUAGUUCAUGUGAUGUGCUGUUUAUGCAUAUAACCAGCAUCAGAUUUAUCAUAAUAUAAAAUAGAAUAGAAUAAAACACACAGCCUCUUUUAUAACCAAUUUCCUCUCUGACAAAUGAAGGUAAUGUGGUACUAGAACUUCAGCCUGAGCUUGCCUUGAUGUUAUAUUCCUCGUUUACCUGAAAUAUGAACGGUUGUGUUUUUAUUAUUAAAGUCCUUCACCAGCUGUGGAAGCAAAGUACUAGGUAUAUAUUAAAGAAUAUACUGUAUGUUGCUGCAAAAAUGGGCCUGUUUGAGGAAUUGACACAGGAUGGUGAGAAUGCUGCAGUUCUACAUGUGGAAACACUAUGUUGGUGAGAGAGGUCAGGCUAGAAUGGACAGAAUGGUUUGAGUUUACAGGAAGGCUAUGGUAACUUAAAUAAACACUCUUACAACAUAGGUGAGCAGAAAAGUAUCUCAGAAUGCACAAACCUCGAGGCAGAUCCGCUGCAACAGCAGAAGAACCUAUCACGUUCCACUCCUGUCAGCCAAGAACAGAAACCUGAUUCUACAGUGGGCACAGAAUCACCCAAACUGGACAAACAGGAUACAACUGUUUUUAUUUAAAAUCCAUUAUAACAAAUAUGGCACAACCCAAACACUACAAAGAUCAUCCAGGUAAUAACAUUCCUGUGAUCAAGCAUACUGGUGGUAGCACCAUGCUCCACAGUUGCUUUUCGAGAGGACAUGGAAAUGUGGAUUGAGCCAAAUAUAAGCAAAUUGUUGGUGAGAACCUGUUCCUGUCAGCCAGACAUCUGCAAAAAAUAUAUGUUCCAACAGAACAAUGAGCCAAAGAAAAGGACAAAAACUAUAAAGGAGUGGCCCAGAUCUAAAAUAUAUUGAAAUAUGUGAAACUAUGUGGCAUGACUUGAAAAUUGAAAUUGUAAACUUUCUGGAGGUACUGCAUUACACAUUUGGACCCCCCUAAUGUCCAUACCAUGGUUACGUCCUUGCUUGGAUUUAUGAAUGUAACAUAAUAUAGUUUAGAAGUAAAUCCAGCAAAAAAUGCCCCUCCACCUAACCAAAAACUCCAACAACAAACCACUGCAAAAAAAAUAAAUGUCCUCUCACAUUCAACUGCUUUUAUUUCCAGCAAAUUUCUUAACAUGUGUAAAUAUUUGUAUUAAAAUAAAAACAUUCAACAACUGAGACAUUAACUGGAGAAGUUUCGCAGACAUUUGAGGAACAGAAAUGUUAUAAUGAGUCCCUGAACAAAUGGGGGGUAAAUAUUGAAAGUAACAGUCAGUAUGUGGUGGACUCCAGCUGCUUUAAGUACUACAGUGCAUCUCAUCCUCAUGGACUGCACCAGAUUUGUCAGUUCUUGCUGUGAGAUGUUCCUCCACUCUUCCACCAAGGCAUCUGCAAGUUCUCCAUCACGUCUCUUUGGGGGCGGGACGACACACGGUUACAUGUAAUUUUCCACUGCAAGGACGAUCAGCUGUCCUUCCUGUCUCCCUGUAGCACCGUCUUAAACGUCUUACAUUACAGACAUUGCAGUUUAGUGCUCUGGACACAUCUGCAGUCCUCAUGCCUCCCUACAGCAGGUCUAUGGCAUGUUCUCACAGGAGAACAGGAACCCUAGACAUCUUUCUCAUGGUGUUUUGCAGAGUCAGUAGAAAGGUCUCUUUAGUGUCCUAAGUUACUGACUGUAAUCAUCACCUGCCUGUAAACUGUUUGUGUCUAGCUUCAUGUGCAAUAAUUGUUUAUGGUUCAUGGAACAAGCAUGAAAAACAUCGUUUAAACCCUUUCCAAUAAAUAUCUGUAAAGCUUAUUUGAAUUUUACAAAAUUAUCUUUAAAAUACAGUCUCCUGAAAAAAGGAUGUUUCUAUUUUAGUUUUGAAUAAGUGUUUGAAUGGUCAUCUGGUGCCCCAUCCAGGGUGUAUUUCUGCCACACAGCCAGUGUUCCCAGAAUAGGCUCCAGUUCCAUCCAAUAGGCUUCCUGACCAGUAUAAAGCACUGAAGAUGGAUGGAUGGAUGAAUGAAUACUUUCUGUCUGUUGGGUAGCACUGAACAGACCCGUCACUGUUAUCACAUGGCUCCCCCACUGGGACAAUGUCUGGACCAUCUGAUAGUGAUAGUGUCAUAGAUAAGGACUUGGCAGUAGCAGGUGGGCUUCUUUAUUAGAAGAAAGCACUUUGUUACAAUUGAUGAAUUUCAGAAGACAAUUAGUGAAAAGCCAUGUGUGCUUAAGAGGUACUUAUAACCAGUAGUUAAUAAUGAUACUAUAAAACUUAAUUGAAGUAUAUAGAACGUUCCUCAAGCACCUUGUUUAUGAAAUUUAUAACCGGGAUAUAAAAAUGUACAAAAUGUUCCAAUUGCUCAGCCAUGAGACUUGAAGUGUCCAAAG